CGCAUAUUUCGAUGUGUCCCUGGUCCUAAAACUUUGUCCAGAACCCAUUACAAUGUUUCAGUUUCACCACGAUUUCUGACUUGGGUUCUCACAGUUCUACUCUUUAGUCUAAUCUAGUCUCACGUAUAGAACGUCUGUCUUCUCUGUUUUUUGCUGGGUUGUAAACUUUGGAGUUCACAAUGGCUGUGGCUAUGGCUUCUUGCAGUCUUGGGCUUAGCUUGAAUACUAGUAAUUCUAGUUUGAAGAAACCACUUGUAAACCCAUUACCAACUGGGGCUUUGCUGGAAGGCUCCCCUGUGUUUGGUUCUAAAAGCAUCAGCAUUGUUCAGAAAGGAAGAUGGCUAUCAUCAUCAGCUUCAAUAAUUGCACAAGCAUCAUCUGCUACAGCUGUGGAGGAUGGUAAGCCAGAUGAAAGUGACGUGAUUCCAGUUCCCAAAGUUAUCAUUGACCAGGAUUCUGAUCCAGAUGCAACUGUGGUGGAGAUAACCUUUGGAGAUCGGCUCGGGGCUCUUCUUGAUACUAUGAGUGCGCUUAAGAACCUGGGCCUGAACGUUGUCAAGGCCAAUGUGUUUCUGGAUUCUUCUGGAAAGCACAACAAGUUUGCCAUUACUAGAGCAGAUACUGGUAGAAAAGUAGAUGAUCCAGAGUUGCUUGAGGCUAUUCGUUUGACAAUUAUAAAUAAUCUGAUACAGUAUCAUCCGGAAUCAAGUUCCCAAUUAGCUAUGGGAACAGCAUUUGGAAUUGUGCCACCACCACAACAGGUUGAUGUGGAUAUAGCAACCCGUAUACGCAUUUAUGACGACGGCCCCAACCGAAGUUUGCUUACUGUGGAGUCAGCUGAUCGCCCUGGAUUACUGGUGGAUCUUGUAAGGAUUAUAACUGACAUUAGCGUUGCUGUUGAGUCAGGAGAAUUUGACACCGAGGGGAUGUUGGCCAAAGCAAAGUUUCAUGUUAGCUAUAGGGGUAAACCUAUCAUCAAGCCUCUCCAGCAGGUUCUUUCAAACAGCUUGCGUUACUUCUUGAGGCGACCAUCGACUGAGGAGUCGAGUUUUUGAGCCAUGUAGACCACAUUGAUGAAGUAUACUUGGAAUUUCCAUACGAUUAAGCUGAUGGAAGUUCUUGAACAUUGUUGUAGUCUCUCAAUUCAGUUGAAGGAUGUCAGAAAAUUAAAAAAGAUGAGAGUCCAGACAUGUAAACUAAAAAUUUGAGCUUCAACUGUUCAACUUCUAUAUAAAUGUACAAUGUUAUCAUCUAAGCUCUUGUAAUUUUAUAUCAUAGAAAAAUGAAAUGUUAAGAUUUAUCACA